CUCGCAGCGGUUGCCAUGCGGGAUUUCCUUCCUCGCCUUUUCCUUGGUCGCGGCCGAGGAGGAGCCCUGGCGCGGCGUUCGGGCUUGGUCCUCGGGCGGGUCGUGGGCGGCUUCGGUCGGGCUGAGGAGGGGCUGGAGGUGGGCUUCGUGUGGACGAGGUGGAAGCGGCGAGGGUGGAAGCAGCGGCGUGUGUGUUCGCCUGGGGCGGUGCGCCGGCCGCCCGCCCCGCCGCCGCCGCCGCCGCCACUACGCUCACCUGGCCGCCAGUCAGUCAGUGGAGAGGCUUUCGGUGCGCCGGUCCUGCGCGCGUGUGCUCUGUGCGCUCCAUGUCGAGCUCGGUGCCGAGGCCGCGAGAGAGAGUGUCGAGUGUCGAGUGUGAAGUGUCGGUGUUGUGAGGUGUGGUGUCGCGCCCUGCCUUGGUGCGAGGCGGCGCCGUUCCCUUCUGCGAGGCGAGCGGGCCAUGUAAGGCGCGUCGGGAUGCCCAGUCGGGGGUUCUUCUCGCGGGCGGUGCACUCCAGCAGCUCCGUGAAGCCCGGGCCAGCCUCUCUGCCCGCCGCCCGCCCCCAGCCGCUCUACGCCGGGCCCCCGCUCCCCGCCUCCCCCCCGCCCAAGAACGGCUGGUGGGGGGUGCCGCCGUGGCUGCAGCGGGGCAGCAAGGGCCUCCCGCGCCACAACUCGGGCCCCAUCCCGCAGGUGGCGCCGUCGGGCCCGGCCUCGUUCCCCGGCUCGCUUCCAGGCACCCUCCCCGGCGCCCUGCCCGGGACCCUGCCGGCGCGGACCUCCCAGCACCCCUACUACCUGCAGCAGCACAAGCAGCAGCAGCUUCUCGAUAAUAAGAAGCAGCAGAAGAUCCAGCAGAAGCAGCAGCAGCAGCUCCUCCAGCAGCAGCCCCAUCCCCACGGGGGAGGGUCCCAGGCGGGCUCCCGGCCCCACACCCCCCGUGGACCCCAUGACCCUUACGUCAACAAUGGCCCGGACAACGGUCCCCACUCGCUGCCCUCCACGUGGCCCGGGCCGCUGCACCUCAGGGAACAGCAGCAGCAGCAGCAGAAACACAACCACCACCUAGACCACAGGCUGCAGCCGCCGCUCCGGCCAGAGGAACCUCCGGCCGAGCAGCACGAGCAGCGGCAGAAGCAGCACCAGCAGUCUCAGCAGCACCAGCACCCGAGCGAUGCCCCGUCCAUCCCCGGAGGAGUCCAGCUGAGGAACCUGAAGGUGGACCCGGAGCUGAUCUUCACCAAGCAGGAGAGGAUCGGCAAGGGCUCCUUCGGCGAGGUGUUCAAGGGUGUGGACAACCGCACAACGCAGGUGGUGGCUAUCAAGAUCAUUGACCUGGAAGAGGCUGAGGAUGAGAUUGAGGACAUCCAGCAGGAGAUUAUGGUGCUGUCCCAGUGCGACUCCCCAUACGUCACCAAGUACUAUGGGUCCUAUCUUAAAGGUACGAAACUAUGGAUUAUCAUGGAGUACCUUGGAGGCGGGUCUGCCUUGGACCUGAUGAAGGCAGGGAGUUUCGAGGAGAUGCACAUUGCUAUCAUUCUACGGGAGGUGCUUAAAGGUCUCGAUUACCUACACUCGGAGAGGAAGCUCCACAGGGAUAUCAAAGCGGCAAACGUGUUGCUAAGUGAAAUGGGAGAUGUAAAGCUUGCUGACUUCGGUGUGGCUGGCCAGUUGACCAACACGACAAGCAAAAGAAACACGUUUGUGGGGACUCCCUUCUGGAUGGCUCCGGAGGUCAUCAAGCAGUCUGCGUAUGACUCCAAGGCAGACAUAUGGUCCCUGGGCAUCACGGCCAUAGAGUUGGCAAAGGGGGAGCCGCCCAACAGUGACCUCCACCCCAUGCGAGUCCUCUUCCUCAUACCUAAGAACAACCCACCGCAACUCACAGGGAACUACAGCAAGCCUUUCAAAGACUUUGUGGAAUCGUGUUUGAAUAAGGAUCCAGAGAAUAGACCAACAGCCAAAGAAUUACUGAAGUAUCCAUUUAUUCGGAAGGCCAAGAAGAAUUCCUACUUAAUGGACCUGAUCGAUAGAUAUAAGUCGUACAGGAAAAACUGCACAGAUACUGAUACAGAUUCUGACCAGUCAGAUUCGGAGGACAGUCGACAAGAGAGCGAUGUGGAGGACCCUGCAUGGAUCAUGACGGUGAGAGAGCACCCUGGCGGCCUCUCUCCCACAAGCAUACAGGAGGUCCUACCCAGCAGCAACACUUCGUCACCUCUCUCCUCAGACCCUCCACCUCCCUACAACUCUGUGGCUGCAUCUUCUAUGUCUUCCCUCUCUCAUUCACCUCCCAAGGAGAACAAUGGGGUUCUGUACAGAGGAGAAAAGACAUCAUCUCCGACUCGUCCAACUUCUGUGGCACCCCCACCGCCCAAUGAGAAUGAGAAGCGAAGAGAGGCUCGCCUGUCUGAGCAUCGAACGUCCAGAGAUAUGGAGCUGUCCCCUCGAUCAAAUGAAACCCACACCAAUGGAGAUGACCGGCGCCUCUCCAGGGAAAUGACUGAUAUGAGAAUUGACCACGAGGACCACAGGAAUGACAUCAGCGACCGUCCAGACAGAAAUGAUUAUAAUGAGAGGAAUGAGCGGCGUCACUCCCGUGAGGCACACCACCCCAGAGACAACAGGUCAAGCAUAGGUGACAUCAGGCGGCCAGAUCAUCGAGUGCCCUCUUCACACCCACAGUCACCGCGAGCCACAUCCCCACUGCCCACGUCGAACACCCUGGUUGAUGUGGUACUGCCGCUCAUGUCAGAGCUUCAGCGACGCCACCGACACUCCAGUAGAAGUGGAGAUCCACACCGCACAGAUGCCAUUGAGGAACUCAAAUCGGCUUUCGAGACAGCUGAGCGGUCCAACCCGGGGGUGACAGAUGCAUUCAUACGGGACCUCUUUUCCAAGCUAGUUCCCAACAUGACUGAGACCAAGAUAAGGCAAGCUCACGACAACCUGACCCGGUGAAGCCAGGGUGGGAAUAUUGUGUAGGAGGACCACAUGAAGCCCCCUCUCCCCCAGUACUUGUUGCUUGUUGGUGAUACUUAACUUUUCAUGUGGUGUGGAAACAGCUGGAUGAUGCAGAUAGUUAUGACCAAUUUGAUGAUAUGACUGGAAAAUUGGAAUGUGGUGCAGGUGGAGGAGAGAGAGAGAGAGAAAAAAAAAAGGUAACAGUGAGGGAGAGAGAUUUCCAAAUGUGUCUCUACCCUUCUCAUAAAGUCUCUUUUUAUACUCAGUGUCAGCAGGUUAAUUUUUAAAACUUUUUUUGUGCAUUUUUUUUUUUUUUUCUUUUUUUUCUUUUUUUUUUUUCAUUUGCUCCCUCUACCACAGUGAACAUUUGUGUGCUGAGGCGUGCUUGGGUGCCCAGGGGAGUGUUGAGAAGAUAGUGGUAGGAAUGAUGGCUUAGGAGAGUGAAAAUGCAACGCAAGUGUAGGCAAGUGGACACUGCCCUCGGAAUAGGUUUGGGGGGUGGUUGAGUGGUGGCAGGGACAAGUUCAGAUCUUUUUAGUUUGGUGAACUUUUUAUCAGUGUCCUUACUUUGGAAAAAAACAAAACAAAUUGGAAAAUGAAAAUCCGUACAUACAUACAAAAUCUGCAAGAUGAUUCAGAGAUCUCCAAUGUCAUCGGGGAAGCUGUUCCAUACAGUAACAUGAGGAGCGUGGCAUUGUACAUAGUUCUGACCUCAGUGCCUCACAUGCAGUGUCUUGAAGGGUACCCACGUGCGGGUGGGCUCACGAAGCACCCACCUCCCUGGUAAUGGUAAUUAUCUAUUUUAGGUUGUUCUGAUUGCAGAACAGGAAAGUGGAAGUUUUAUGUAUUAUUUUAUUUUUAUUUUUUUUCUCUUGUGAUUUUUUUUCCCCUUUUUUUUAUGAUUCCAAAUCACAUGGAACCAAUGAUACAUUUUACGAUUAGCAAGAAGAGGGCCAGCCUCUCACCUUGCCUUGUACUAUACUAGUGUAUAUACCCGUGUACGUCAGUGAAUAUAGGUGUGUUUGCAAGAUGUACAUAUUUUCCCUAUUAUGACCACACUAAAUCAAAUCUAGUUUGGUUAUUGUAAAUGAAUUACACACCUCUCCUGAGCCAUAUCAGUAGCUAUUGACUGUAAUUUGGUAUUUGUAUAUUUCCCAGGUUGAGUUUGUGGUUUGGUUUGUGUCCUGACGUCAAACUCGCAUUUCUUUCUUUUUAUAUUAUAGAUGCUUUUAUUUGUUUCUUUGAUUUGAUUAUAAUUAUUAUCAUUAUUUUUAUUAUUACAAUUUAUAGUUUAUUAUUCAGUUUUUAUUGGUAUUAACUUAAAAAAUUGGAUUAGCAGAAUUUAGUCAUAAUGAAGAAAAUCAUUUAUGAUUUUUUUUUUCUUGUUCUGUUAUUUUAUUAUUAUUAUUGUCGUUUUCAAAAUCAAGAGCUUUCACAAGAUGACAUUCUAUUUGUCUCUUGGUUGAGGAUUUAUGCCUUAUUUACAACUACGAUGGGGCACAAGAUGAUUGACUUUGUCCUGUCUCUGCCAUACAUCCUUUUGUGAUACUUGCCCGUUUUUAGUAGCCAAAGAUGUUGCUAUUUAUUCUUGUUAUUAUUGGACACAUUUCUUCUCUUCUAGUGUCAAAGACAUUGUAGGUUGUAUUCAAUAUUUAAUUGAUUUUUAUUUUAUAUACUGCUAAUGCAAGUCUUUGCCUUAGUGAAUAAUGAGAUAUGAAAACAAAAACAAAAAAGUAAAAAAAAAAAAAAAAAAUCCUUAUGCAAAACCAACAUUCCAGUAAUGGUGAUUUUCUUCAUUCUAAAAGUGGAUUUUCUCUUCACCUAGUCCUGCCUUGGUAAUGUCACGUGUUUGUAAUUUUAUUUGCUCUUUGUUUGACCUUUUUUUUUAUUCAUUCAAUCAUUUUAUUUUGUACAGAUUUAAAGGAGAUUAAAAGUUGAGGACAAUUUGCACUUCUUUUUUUUUUCUUCUGUUUGUGUUGGUGUUAUUUCGGCCACUGUCAGUGUGGAUCCCUCCUCCAUAUAUGUAUAUGUAUAUGUAUAUGUGUAUGUAUAUGUAUAUAGAUGUAUAUGUAUAUAUGUAUAUAUAUAUAUAUAUAUACAUUAUGUACAUGUAUAUGUAUAUGUGUAGAUAAGUACAUGUAUAUGCAUAUGUAUGUAUAUAUACAAGUUUGCAUAUGUAUGCAUUACUGUAUAUCAAAAACAACCAAACAAUAAAAGUAUUAUUAUUUUUUUUUUUUAUUUGGGUCUGCCUCUUUGUCAGUACAGUUGUGGCUGAGACAGGAGUUGCUUUUGUUAAAACACCUAAGGCUUUUUUUUUCCCCUUUUCCCCUUGCUUUAUCCUCUCAGAUCUUGUAUCUAGUGGUAUUCUGCCAAGAGUGUUUCUCCUUUAUUCUUUUAAUGUGUUUUUUUUGAGGCUAUGCUCAAAUUGGUAAGGAAAAAGAAAGAAAAUGGCUUGGAUAUCAGACUCCAGUCAUGGAAAUCUAGAUUAAUAUAAAUGUUCACAGAUUGUUAUUUAUUUAUUUAUAUAUUUUGAAGAUUGCAGUAUUCUUUUUUUUUUUUUUUUUUAUUCUCAUAUGUAUAUUUGUGUAUUGUGUUUAUUUCUAUAAGGGCAGGGUUUUUUUUUCUAGAUGUGAAUUGAAUACAUGCUGUGAAACCUUCUAUUGUUUUCUGGACUACAUCUGUUCAGCCAGACUGGCUCGUACUGCAGAGGAGCUGUAGACCUCCACCAGACCUGCUUCCUGUUCUCCACAAAACAGUAGAACCUUGCAUUGUAGUGCUUCUUUCUUUCUCGCUCUAGUUUCCAUCUCUCGUCAAAAUAGUCUGUGUGUUCUGUUCUAUGGAAAGUGUGCACAGCCUUUCAUCAGGUUCUGUGAACUUUGAUUAGUUAUGGUUGUCAUAAGCCAGUCAGUUGGUAGACUUUGAAUUUAGUGUAUGUUUCCUAUUUGCUGUGUUAGUGUGUGCGUAUUGUAGUGUCCAGAAUAGUAGAUUUUUUUUUUCUGAGAUAUAAAAAAAAUAAAAAUAAAAUAGUGGUCUACUAAUAGCACACUUUGGAGGUUCUGCUGUCUUGUAUAGUAGGGUAGCUUGUUUGGAUUUUUUUUUUUUUUUUCUUUUUUAUCUUUUGUAUGCUUUUUGUUUGGUGAAUCAUGCAGUGAGAGUUAAAACUGGCUUUAGCCCUCCCAUAUUCGUUGAAAUGUCCUGUACUUACACGAGUUGGUUAUAUGUUUAAUGGUAACUGAAAAAUGAUUUUUAGGUUUUUCAAAUAAUGAACAAUUUAAGCUUUUUAAGUUGCUGAUUUUUAGCAUUUCAUACAGUCUGUUCAGAUGAACACAAAUUUUUGAUUCCAUCUUCCAAGUUUUUGCCUUCUGGGAUUAUUCUUAAGAAAUUGUUUAUGUAAAUAUUAGUGGCCCUUGCUCCUGUUAAUGCCAAUUAUUGUAAGUAAAUGAUUUAUCUUGUUGUAGGGAGGACUUAUUUUGUUUAGCAGAUUAGUCCUCUAAUCUUGUAUGUACAGUAUAAUGGUUGAUGAAUUAAUAAAUCUAGUAGAACUGAA